UUUCCGCAUUUUUUUUGUUCCUUUCGUAACAUAUUUAUUCACUAACUUUUUAAAAAAUGUUAAAACACGGUUUCUAUAAUUUCUUCAAUCAUACAAUUCGUAAUAUCGGUAGACCUCAAAAGUAUUUAACAACAAUAACAGCAAAUUGCAAUGCGAAAGCAGAAGUUGAGUUUUCACCGGCUGCUGAAUCGGACAAACAACAGCCCGGUAGUUUACAAUUCCAAAAUUAUACCACAGAAGAGAAAGAAAAAGUACUUAGUAUUUUGAAUAAUGAAGACGUUAAUAGGAUUUUAAGUUAUGACAUUGCCAAAACACGCGCUGCAAAGUUAAUAACAUGGAAGAAGCGCAAUGGGCCAUUGAAAAGUAUAGAAGAUAUACUACUCAUAGAAGGAUUUGGCUUAAAGGUAGUUGAUAAAUUCUACAAAAGUAUACUUGAGAGUAAUUCAGGGAAUAGUCAAGUACCACGUUCAGCUCGUCAACGUACCGCUGGCUUCAUAACCCCACCAAUCGAUGUUGAACAUCGGAAAGAAAUCAAAUCAUGCCUUUCAUUACGUAUUGGAGUUUCCAGUGUAUCAUGGGCUCGUCUAGAAUUGCCUGAAACAGAGAGUGUAAAUGAGCCAUGCACCUUAACGCAUUGGCAACAUCAUGAAAUCACAGAGAAAAAAAUGCAUUUGGGUGACUUGGUGCAACGUUUAUUAUAUGUAGAUCAUCUUAUUCCCAAAGCGGACUGCUAUCUUCUGGAAAAUCCCCAAUUGGCUCAAAUAAAUAGCAAUCCGGGGAGUGUUGAUCAACAAAAUAUAAGUGUACAAAAAUCACAAGUAAUUGCAGUGCUGGCAUUUGCACUCUGUUCGCGGGAAAGACAUACUGAAGUAUUACAAAUUGAUCAAGCUGGUGAGGAGAACAAUGGGAAGAAAUCAGCAGAUAGACGAUCAAAUGUUUUUUAUCUUCGACGCUUUUUGACUGCACGCCUGUUCAGUCAAUUGGUGGGAACUGAACGCGUAUCUUCAGAGGAAACAGUUCUACAACUUAUGCGUACCCAUUUUAAUAUAAAAUCGGUCAUGUUACAAGAUUUGCGAGAAAGUGGGUGGAACAGUAAUGAUGUGCAAGAUCAAAAUCUAUCCUUACGUGGCAACGUACAAUUUCCACAAGAGCAUAGAGAAAUGUUUUCACGAGCAGGACGUUAUCAGCGUGAAUUUUUGGGCCAAUCACUGUUACUUAAUUUAGCAUUUGUUCGUCUUGUUUUGCUGCAAGAUGAAAAAAGUAUUGCGACAGUAACACGAACGCAAGCUAAGACGGACUCGACGCAGCUGAACGAAAAAUAAUAAUGUGACAUAUGUAUGUGUAUAAUUUGAUUGUUUUAUUUUUAUUAACUUGUGUAAAAUAAGGCUCAAAAGAUGUAUGUGCAUCUAUUAUAAUUUUCAAAAUAAAAACUUGUUAAAUCCUGUUUCUAAACAUUA